CUCUCGGCUCUAUCCCGCAAUGCCCCCGUCAGAGCUGUCUGCCCUUCGUCUCCACCGCCCCCCCUUUGCGGCCCAGACCCCAGUCUCAGGGUGGCCGCCCCUCGCUACCGUCAAGCCGUGGCACACAGAGUACACCCUCGUCUUUGUCGUCGACAGACCGCACUCGAGAUUCCUCUUGGGCCAUAAGAAACGUGGCAUGGGCUGCGGCCUGUGAGUCAAACCUAGACGACUCCUCGUUCGACAUGCUGAUGGCUGCCACUGCCAGCUACAAUGGGUAUGGCGGAAAACCCGAAGCUAGAGAGACAAUGUUGGACUGUGCCAUCCGAGAGCUCCAGGAAGAGUCCGGGCUAGUUACAAACAAGAAUGAUAUUCGCCUGAAAGGCCUCCUCCUUACAAGUCGCCCCAAUUCAUCAGAUAACGCAGUCAAAUGUCUACUGCGCAUACACAUCUAUGAGUGUACGUCUUGGUCUGGAGAUCCCAUCGAGACCGAGGAGAUGGCUCCAGAGUGGUUCACUCAGGACAACUUGCCCCUCGAGAGGAUGUGGCCAGAAGCUCGGAAGUAUGUACCGGUCGUACUCGACUCCAUUCUUCACGGCGCUUCCAACGAUCUCUUUCUUGCUCGAGUCGACUACGCGUAUCUCACCGCGGAAUCGGCACCCACUGCUCUUCCACCACUGCACGGCCAGAGCGUACUGUUCGAGGAAGAUGCUGAGAUUGCAAGUCAGCCUAUGGAGAGGCUGAGUGGUUGGUAUAUGACUUUUACAGGAGCAGACGAUCUUUUGAAAUUCAACGCCACUGUCGGAUAUACCUGACAGACACAACAGCAUAUAGAUCAUUAC